GGGAUUACCACCCCGGCCUCUCGUCACUCGCAGCUUCGACCUCCCAUCCGGCGACCAGCUCAGUCCAUUCUGCAAGACCAAACCGCCCUCAACCCCAUCGCCACAAUACUGAAUUCUUCACUCCUGGUAAACCUGCAGGAGAUCCCCUCGAUCAAAUUGUUUCUGACCCCCCACUCUGACGUACGGCCUCGCGCAUCCGAGUCGCGAUCAUGGGUCAGAAUCAGUCUGGAAUGGGCGGCGGCCAGGACGGCCGUGAUGAGCAGGGAAAGAAGAAGGAUAAGCCGAAGUACGAGCCCCCGCCAAAGCCCACCACCCGCGUCGGUCGCAAGAAGAGAAAGCAGGCAGGCACCAGUGCCGCCGCGAAGCUCCCCGCCAUCUACCCAUCUCAGCGAUGCAAGCUGCGACUCCUGCGUAUGCAGCGUGUCCACGACCAUCUACUUCUUGAGGAGGAAUAUGUUGAGAACCAGGAGCGUCUGAGGAAGGCCAAGGCUGCGAAAGAUAGCAACGCCCCACCUGCUGCCGAUGACGCCGCCGACCGCAACGCCGACGAACGUGGCCGUGUCGAUGACAUGCGAGGAAGCCCGAUGGGUGUUGGAACCCUUGAGGAGAUGAUCGAUGAUGACCAUGCCAUCGUUUCCAGUACCACGGGCCCCGAGUACUACGUGAGCAUCAUGAGCUUCGUCGACAAGGAUCUGCUCGAGCCGGGCGCCAGUGUUCUCCUUCAUCAUAAGACCGUCAGCAUUGUCGGUGUCCUGACCGACGACACCGACCCAGCGGUUAGCGUGAUGAAGCUCGACAAGGCCCCUACGGAGUCGUACGCGGAUAUCGGUGGUCUGGAGCAACAGAUUCAAGAAGUCCGAGAGUCGGUGGAGUUGCCCUUGCUGCAUCCCGAGCUUUACGAGGAGAUGGGUAUCAAGCCCCCCAAGGGUGUCAUCCUGUACGGUGCUCCGGGUACUGGAAAGACGCUCUUGGCCAAGGCAGUGGCGAACCAGACCUCGGCGACUUUCCUGCGUAUCGUCGGCUCCGAGCUGAUCCAGAAGUACUUGGGUGAUGGCCCGAGGUUGGUCCGACAGCUUUUCCAGGUUGCUGGAGAAAACGCACCUUCAAUUGUCUUCAUCGACGAGAUUGACGCCAUUGGAACAAAGCGUUACGAAUCCACGUCGGGUGGCGAGCGAGAAGUGCAGCGAACCAUGCUCGAGCUUCUCAACCAGCUUGAUGGUUUUGAUGACCGUGGCGACGUCAAAGUUAUCAUGGCCACCAACAAGAUCGAAACCCUGGAUCCUGCCCUGAUCCGGCCCGGCCGGAUCGACCGCAAGAUUCUCUUCGAGCCCCCAGACCAAAACACCAAGCGCAAGAUCUUCCAUCUGCAUACGUCCAAGAUGAACCUUAAUGAGGACGUGGACCUGGAAGAGUUCAUUGCGCAAAAGGACGAUCUCUCGGGUGCCGACAUCAAGGCCAUCUGCUCAGAGGCUGGUCUGUUGGCCCUGCGGGAGCGGCGUAUGCGCGUGCAGAUGUCCGACUUCCGAUCUGCCCGAGAGAGGGUGCUCCGGACGAAGCAGGAGGGUGAGCCAGAGGGCCUGUAUCUAUAAGUGUAGGCGGUUGUACUGUUACGACUAGGGGAACGCCGGUGAUUCCGGCUGUGAAGGUGGCUGAGAGCAAGGGGGGGAAGGGCAAUCGGGACAGAUGAAUAGAUGGAUGGCAUUGACCAUGAUAAUGACGUCCACGUGAAGAGGCUACUCGAGCAACUGUGCCCUGUGCAUUGUGUGCAUUGGCAAGUGAUGCCUGGCAAAAUGAUCUCGCCUGACGCCCUGGGCUUGAGCGCCCCUGUGGUGAUUCAACCUCGAUAAUCAGUUGCUUGAGCGAGAGCGAGUCUCUGCUCGUAAACCGUCUGCUUAUAGAAUAUUUACGUAUAUGCUAACACUAAAUUAUCAGAAAGAACAUCUUCCAGGUAGGGCAACACUAGUCACAUCGACCUGCUGACUCGAUCCUGGCGCAAGCCUCCACACUUCACGACAACCUCAUCCUGCCCCACUCCUUUACGAUGACGGUAUGGAUCUGAGCCCAGAGAUGAGAGCCUGCUCUCAUGUCUCAAAUUCCCAAUCUCUGCUGACUACCUUGCCAAGGUAGGUCUUCCCUGGACGCUUUUCUCCAACCCGACGCCCAGCUCCUGUCGGCUGUCUUGGGGAGCCUCAACACCGCGGCCUCUCAUGUAUCCGUCUUCGUGGCUUAGUUGGUUAAAGCGUCGGUCUCAUAGAAUUGAC